AUGGAUAACGAAAGUCCAGAGAAUUUUCAUACUAUUAAGAUCAUAAGACAAAAUGAGACAUCAGAAAUUCAAUCAAAUAAUAACUCUCCAAGUUAUAUAUACGACAUUUUAAACGAAAACCAACGAGGAUUAUUUGUUUUGGGAAUACCUAAAUUCACCUCAAAGGUCUUGAGUCCAGUAGAUCCACCACCAUGGACUAAUAUAGAAAAUGGAUGUUCUCCGAUGGAUAUUCAUACUUUUCAAUUACCAAACCCAUCAUGGGAAUGGGUCUCUAAAGAAUGGUUGAUUGAUAUGUCUGGUGAUGUUGAUGAAGAAGGUUGGGAAUAUGCAUUUGAUUUCCAUUGUGAUAAUUGGCAUGGAUGUUAUCGGGCUCUUCGUUCAUUUGUUCGUAGAAGGCGUUGGGUAAGAUUACGUCGUCUUAAGGGAAGUUCAAAUGAGAAUAUACCUCCAAUUCCUUCUAGAGUAAAAAAAAUGAUAACUGAGAGAACUUUCACUUCUUUAAUGAACAAAUAG